AUGAAUUUGCCGGCUCCAGUCCCGUUCGUGUCCAAAGGAGAUAUUGUGGAAAACUGGGUUUUGUGGAAACAAACUUGGAAGAAUUAUGAAUUGGCGACUGAUCUUGACAAGAAGGAAGAUAAGAAAAGAGCAGCAGUUUUCAAAACAGUCAUUGGAGCUGAAGGGGUGAGAUUGUUACGGCAAAUAGGAGCAGAUGAAAUAACCUCACUAGAUGACAUAAUAAAACGAUUAGAUGCUGAGAUUAUACCCCAGAAAAACAUCAUAUAUGAAAGGUAUGUUUUUUUCUCUACUGUACAAGAUGAACAAAUGGAUUAUACUAAUUUUAUUCGAAUAUUAAAAGAAAGAUCUAUUAGUUGCGAGUUCAAAGAUUUAAAAGAUGAAAUGAUAAGAGAUCGAUUUGUAGUAGGUAUGAAAGACAAUGAUUUUAGAAAACGACUGUUAAGACAGAGAGAUUUGACUCUUCAAAAAGUAAUUGAUGAAGCGAUGACCGUUCAAGAAACAGAGAAACAAUUGCAAAAAAUGAAACCAGAUUCUAAAUCGGAUUUUAAAUUCGAAGAUGAGAUUGUUAAUAAAUUUGAGAAAUUUAAAUCAACAAAAAUGACUAAAACCAGAAGUGGAGGCAACAUGGGAAUUUGUAGGUACUGUGGGGGAAAACACCCAUUUGAAAAAGAAAAGUGUCCAGCGUAUGGUAAAAAGUGUUUAAAAUGUUCAAAUUUCAAAAAUAUGUGUAAAAUGUAUGUAAAGCAAUUAGAAAAAGAGCCCGACAGUUCCAGUGAAACUGACAGUGUGCUUAGUAUUGCUUCUUCAAGGAAAGCACAAAAAUUGUUAGCAGAUGUGAAGGUUAACGGUAUGAUUCUUAAAGCUCAAAUAGAUACGGGUGCGACAUGUAAUGUAAUUGGUUGGAAAGACAUAAGUAAAUGGGAUUGUGAGUCAAAAGUUAGUAAUUCUAGCCAAGUACUAACAUGCUACAAUGGUGAGAAGGAGAUGGUUGAGGGUGAGUGCAUCUUAGAAAUGGAAGUGAACAGUAAGAUAUACAAAGUAAAGUUUUAUGUAACUCGGCAAAAAGGAAUUAUGUUAGGAUUAAACGCUUCUCUAAAAAUGGGAUUGAUCAACCCAGCAAAGGAGGUUAUGAUUAAUAAGAUAGAUAUUGAGGACUUUCCGCAAAUAUUUGAGGAAAGUGAGAUUGGGGACAUAGAAGGUGUUAUUGCCAUUGCUGAUGACAUCAUGGUGUUUGGAGAAGGAGAUACCAUGGAGGAAGCCUUAAGAGACCAUGACAUAAAAUUGGAGAAAGUGUUACAGAGGGCAGAACAGAGAAAUUUGAAAUUGAACAAGAAAAAAUGCAAAAUUAGGAAAACAGAGAUAGAAUAUAUGGGACACUUAUUUACAAAUAAAGGUAUCAAGCCAGAUCACAGGAAGGUUAAAGCAGUAGAAGACAUGGGAAGACCAGAGAGCGAAUCCCAAAUACGCUCUUUCUUAGGUCUAGUUAAUUACAUGGCAAAAUUUGUACCGGAUUUAUCAACUAUUGCAGCUCCGCUGCGAGAAUCUUUUAGCACGUGGGGUGUUAGGCAAGAGACAGCAUGGAAAACGAUCAAACGGGUUAAUGUAAAUAUUGCUGAUGCUAUGUCAAGACUACCUGCUACAGAUAUGGCAGAAAAGGAUAUUAUAGUGGCUAAAAUUAUAGAAGAAAGUGAUGGCCUAACUGAAACGGGAAUUAGUGCAACAACAUUACAUGAAAUUAGAGAGCAUUUAAAUGAAGAAGAAGUUGCUGUGAGAUUAAAAUGGUUUAUAGAAAAUGGCUGGCCUGAUCAAGAGAAGAUGCUACCAGCAUUGAUGAAAGAUUGGUGGAAAGUUAGAGAGCAAUUAACUGUAUGUGACGGGAUCAUUUUAAAGAACCAACAGGUGUAUAUUCCCGAAAAAAUGAGAGGUGAUAUUUUAGAAAAAAUUCACAAAGGACACCAAGGGUUGGAGGCCUGUCUAAGGUAUGCGAGGUCAAGAGUUUUUUGGAUACAUAUGGCAAGAGACAUAAAAGAUACAGUACAUAAAUGUGAAAUUUGUGAAGAGCUGGAUGUUAAAAGGAAUCAAAAGGAGACACUGCAAUUAAGGAAAGUUCCAGAAGGGCCAUGGAUGGAAGUAGCCACAGACAUUCUUGAGUAUGAUAAACAUAAAUAUUUGGUGGUGGUAGAUUAUUUUUCAUCAUUCUUUGAAUUUAAAAGAUUACAAAAUGUCUCAUCUCACAGCACAAUAUCAGCACUAAAACAUAUUUUUGCAAGAUAUGGUGUACCACAGGUGAUCUAUUCAGAUGAAGGUACUAAUUACAGCUCUAAAGAAUUUAAAUUAUUUGCCAGAGAGUGGAAUUUUACAUUGAAAACAUCAUCACCACACCAUCAUCAAUCCAAUGGAAAGGCCGAGUCUGCAGUCAAGCAAGUAAAGAGGCUGUUGAAGCUGAAAGAAAAAGGGGAAGAUGUGGAAGCAGCAUUAAUGGUAUGGAGAAACACACCUACAGCAGGACUUGUUGUCAUAACAACAAGUCCAGCACAAAGGCUUUUUGGUAGGAGUUUAAGAACUACAUUAUGCAGCACCAAGGAAGGAUUGAAGCAGGAAGUUAACUAUGACACAAUUCAUGAACAGCUAAAUAAAAAAAUGCAAAGAUACAAAAAGACACACGACAGUUCAGCAAAAGAUUUGCCAUCACUCAGAGUAGGUGAAUCUGUUAGAGUGUUAUUAAAUCCCAGUGGGAUAAAUGAUCAAAUAUGGAAACGAGGAGUGGUUUUGAAGCGUUUAGAUUCACGCUCUUACUUGCUGGAAGUAGAUGGGAGAAGAUAUCGCCGAAAUAGAAUCCACCUGAAACAGAGAAAGACAGAGAUAGGCAGUGCUAAGGAUGAAGAAGCAUAUGAAGAUUGGACGCUAGAUGAAAAUAAACCAGAACAGACAGAGAAGAGGUGUAUUGUUGAAGAAGUGGAGCAGGAAGAGGUGGAACCAGAGGAAAAGAAGAAGAUUCAACUAGAAAAGCGACAACAGGAAAAUACAACAGAACAAAGUCAGCAAACGUCCCUGGAAAGAGGUAUGGCAUAUGAAGAGGGCCAUGUUAGUAGAUUUGGAAGAAGGAUUAACAAGCCAAAAAAGCUUGAUCUGUAA